AUGGACCAGGCCCGCCCGCCCAUUGUCCUGACGCUUGUGUUCUCCGAGCCUGUGGAUGUGGGCGCGCUCAACCACACUGCCCUUGUGUUCCAGUCCAACGCGACAGCAGCCACGUCUGCGGAGUCUUACCGCCUGCAGCACGCUCCAGCCGCUGUUGUGCCCAGCAGCAGCCAGCGCCAGGUGGCGAUUGAGCUUGCCACGGGCGAUUUCCUUGCGCUGCGGGAUGCUGCUGGCCUUGCUGUGCUGAUGCGCAGCGCGGCCACCACGUACCUGCGCUUUGAUCCUGUGCUUGUGACAGACACCAUUGGCUCGAGCGUGGUUGGCGUCUCCGUCAACAGCAGUGCUGUGGCUCCGAGCGAGUACACGGUUGACCUUGUGCCGCCGCAGCUCAGCGCGUUUGACGUUGACAUGGAUGCUGGAUUUGUUGUGCUGCGCUUCAGCGAGGACGUGAACGCGAGCAGCAUCGCUGUGGGUGCGUUUUCCCUUGUUGCCGCGCGUGGCGCGAACGUGACUGCGGAGGGUGUGACUUUUGAUGCCGCCCUUGAUGCUGCGAGCAGCACAGGCAACGCCACCCAGGUGCGUAUUGACCUGAGCGUGUCGACGCUCAACCGCGUCAAGGCUGACGCUGGCCUUGCUGUGAGCCGCAGCACGUCGUUCCUGGCUGUUGCGGCAGGUGGCAUUGCUGACUUUGCUGGCAACAGCAUGCGGCAGGUUGCCUCUGCUUCUGCCGUGGCUGCGGUCAGCUAUGUCGCCGACGCAACUGGCCCUGUGCUGCAGAGCUUUGCCCUCAACAUGACCUCUGGUGUGCUGCGCCUCACCUUUGACGAGGUUGUGGCCAGGGCAACGUUUGAUGCGACGCAGGCCCGCCUGGUCAACGCCGCCACGGGCGCGACUGUGGCUGUUGCGCUGGAUGCGGUGGCUGUGGACGCCCCAGCCGCCAACAGCACGACCCUUGGCUUCACCCUGACCCAGGCUGCCGCAAACGACGUACGCACUCAAGCUGGCCUCGGAACGACGGUGGACAACACGUACCUGCAGUUGCUGGCAGGUGCCAUCCGCGAUGCGGCCGGCAACGCAAACUUGCCCGUCACAGCCAACGCAACAGAGGUUGUGCAGGAUUCGACCCCCGCACGCCUGCUCGCGCUGUCGCUGAACAUGGACAGCGGCGUGCUGAGCCUGUCGUACAGCGAGCCCGUGCAAGCCCUCACGCUGGUGCCUGCUGCCAUCACGCUUGCCCGCGCUGCCAACAGCACAAGCACGUACACGCUGGCACACAGCACGGUUGUCACCUCCGGCUACACGCAGGUCGUCGACGUGGCGCUUGGUGCUGAGGACAUCACGGCGCUGAAGCUGGCGGGCAUUUGCCUGUUCCAGGACGCGUGCGCCGUGUCUGCCAACGGCACCCUUGUGCAGGAUGCCACUGGGGCAUUUGUGCCUGCUGUUGCGGAUGCGGAGAUCAACGACGUGUUUGUGGCUGACCAGACAGCCCCGGCGCUUGCCGACCGCGGCUUCUUGUACUUUGACCUGAACAACGGCACAAUUGCGCUCAGCUUCACAGAGGUUGUGAACGUGACCUCUGCGCGGCCCACGCGCAUCACGCUGCAGUCGUUCUUCGAGAGCCCAGAGGCCAGCUACACGCUGACUGGCGGCCGCGUGCUUGGCGGCUACCACAGCGGGCCCGGCUCGACGGUUGUGCUCAUUGCCCUUUCCACCAGCGACCUCAACGCUGUCAAAUCUAACCCAGACAUUUGUCGUGCGCGUUCAACGUGUUACCUGUCUGCUACGGCUGGUGUUGUGGACGAUCUCAAUGCAAACUCCGCACACCCAAUCAGUGAGACAGAACCAUUUGUGGCAGCACAGGCAUUUGUUACUGACACGACGGCACCGGGGCUUGUGUCCUUUGGCAUUGACAUCGAGGCGGGCACAGUGGCACUGACGCUUGAUGAGAGCAUUGACAGCGUGAGUCUGCACGCAACCGGCAUGACGCUGCAGACAGCCAUGUGGGCAAAGCGGGGCCGCCAGGCAUUGGCGUUUGUCGCCGACACAGCUGCCCCGGCGCUUGUGUCCUUUGACUUCAACCUCACUGCUGGCGAUCUCGCUCUGACCUUCUCUGAGCCUGUCAACGCCAGCACGGGCGACUUCGCCCGCAUCCAGCUGCGCGCCGCUGCAAACGCAACCGACGCUGCCCUCACGCUGUCGCUGACUGGCGGUGCGCUGACGCAGAGCGCCGACGACCGCGUGCUGUACGUGCGCAUGACUGCAGCCGACUUCCUCGCCCUGCAGGCCAAGCGCGCACUGGCCACAAACGCCUCAACGACGUUUGUGUUUGUGGACGGGCUGCUGGACGACUACUUUGGCAACACGCUGGCGGCCGCGGAUGCGACUGCCCAGCAGGUGGCCGUGUUUGGCGAGGACACGCGCGCGCCGACGCUCGUGUCUGUCUCGCUUGAUCUUGAUGCGCGCACGAUGAGCAUGGUGUUCAGCGAGGUGCUGGUGGGCCCUGGCCUGCCAACUGUCGGCAUCACGCUGCUUGCAUCGCCCGGCAGCUCUGCGGGCGUUCGCCUUGACAUUGGCGAGCGGCUUGUUGUCUCGGGCACCCAUGCCACGCUGAGCAUUGCUGCGGCCGAGGCAAGCGCCAUCCAGGCCCAGGCCGGCGUGGUCAGCAACGACACUGCCUUUGUGUCGCUCGAGGCUGGCGUGGUCCUUGACCUGAGCGCCAACCCGUCCACCGCCAUUGCGUCCGUAGAUGCACGGGCUGUGCUUGCCUUCACUGCAGACACCACCGCACCUGCGCUGACCAGCUUCACGCUGGACAUGGAUGCUGGUGUGCUGAACCUCACCUUCUCGGAGCCAAUCAACACCACCUCUGUGGCUGUGCCACGCUUCGUUGUUGUGCGGGAGGCUGGCGCCGCACCCGUUGCAAAUGUCACGCUGGCAGCCUCUGCUGUGCUUUCGUCGCAGCUUGGCCGCCAGCUGGCGCACGUGAGUGUUGUGCUUGCCCGCGCCGACCUUGACGCGCUCAAGCUGGAUGCCAGCCUUGCCACUGCGGCCAACAGCACUCGCCUUGUCGUGCUGCCCAACGCCGCCACAGACACGGCCGGCAACGCUGUUGUUGAGGUGCCUGUGGCGUCUGCCAGGGCAGUUGCAGCCUACACUGCUGACACGACCAGCCCGGAGCUGACGGCGUUUGACCUCAACAUGACGUCUGGCGAGCUUGUGCUUGAGUUCUCAGAGCCGGUCCUUGCAUCGUCGCUGGACCUUUCUGCUCUGGUCCUGGCCAACGACACGGACGCUGCCUUUGCCGUGCGCACUGCGCUGGACAACGGCACUGCCUCUGCUGUGGAUGGCACUCAGCUGCGCAUCACGCUCUCUGUGAGCGUGGUUGAUGCCAUCAAGCUUGCUGCCAACACUGCGCAGGCUGCCGCCGCCACCUUCCUCGACGCAAGCGGCGCGCUUGUCGCUGACAUGGCCGGACAGCCCUCUGUCGCUGUGGCUGCGCUGCCUGUGCGGGUGCUCGCGCCAGAUGCUGUUGCGCCCGUGCUUGUGUCCUAUGGCGUGCGCAUGGACCAGGCCCGCCCGCCCAUUGUCCUGACGCUUGUGUUCUCCGAGCCUGUGGAUGUGGGCGCGCUCAACCACACUGCCCUUGUGUUCCAGUCCAACGCGACAGCAGCCACGUCUGCGGAGUCUUACCGCCUGCAGCACGCUCCAGCCGCUGUUGUGCCCAGCAGCAGCCAGCGCCAGGUGGCGAUUGAGCUUGCCACGGGCGAUUUCCUUGCGCUGCGGGAUGCUGCUGGCCUUGCUGUGCUGAUGCGCAGCGCGGCCACCACGUACCUGCGCUUUGAUCCUGUGCUUGUGACAGACACCAUUGGCUCGAGCGUGGUUGGCGUCUCCGUCAACAGACGGCGCUGUGGCUCCGAGCGAGUACACGGUUGA